AUUAUUAUUAUUGAUAUUGAUUUUUUUUUCCCCUGCUCUGGGUUUGUGAGUGUGAAUUUGGUUGUAUCCUUUCUGUUUUCUCUCUUCGACCUCUUCUUCUAUUCUGUGAGGUUCUGUUCUGUGUGAGAAAGAUAGAAGGAGGGAAACCUAGAAAAUUUUUCGCCUGACCAUUGCUGCUCCUCAUGAUUAACAUAUAGUUUUAUUUGAUGAAGGUGUCGAGGAUCUGACCUAGGGUUUUCAUAUAUACUGUGGAUAUAAUUGAAGGCAGGGGACGGUUUGAAGGGUUUGGAAUCCGACGUGAAUAAAAAUGUUGAUUCGUAAUGCGAUAUUGCGGGAAUUAUAGUUUUGAUCUUGCGGAAUUGCGCGAAUCUUCGAGUUUAAGCAAUGGAUGUCGAUUCCUCGAUGGUGUCGGAAACCGAUCAGGAUCCAGUUUUGCAGAAUAACAACACAGCUCAGCCUUCUGCGGCAAUGGAAAGGGAGCAGCUUGAAGAGCAGCCGGCGUCAGCCGGCGGAUCUCCAUCGACUACCCAGUCACCGGUGCAGCAGCAGCAGCAGCAGGUGUCUUCUCAGGGGCAGCAGAGUUCUGUUAUUGGACCUAGGCUCGCGCCAACUUACUCCGUGGUGAAUGCAAUAAUUGAAAAGAAGGAGGACGGACCAGGGCCUAGGUGUGGCCACACCUUGACGGCCGUCGCAGCUGUUGGAGAGGAAGGUACACCUGGGUACAUUGGCCCAAGGCUUAUUUUGUUCGGUGGUGCCACUGCACUUGAAGGGAAUUCGGCAGCUUCCGGGACUCCUUCUUCGGCAGGAAAUGCUGGAAUACGUCUAGCUGGUGCCACGGCUGAUGUCCAUUGUUAUGACGUCUUAACAAAUAAAUGGUCCAGGAUAACUCCCUAUGGAGAACCUCCAACUCCAAGGGCUGCUCAUGUGGCAACUGCUGUGGGAACAAUGGUGGUUAUUCAGGGUGGCAUCGGUCCUGCUGGCUUGUCAGCAGAAGACCUUCAUGUUCUUGACCUCACUCAGCAGCGGCCACGAUGGCAUAGGGUUGUUGUUCAAGGUCCUGGACCAGGACCUCGUUAUGGACAUGUGAUGGCUUUGGUGGGGCAGAGAUAUCUAAUGGCUAUUGGAGGAAAUGAUGGAAAGAGACCUUUGGCUGAUGUAUGGGCCUUGGACACAGCUGCCAAGCCUUAUGAAUGGCGCAAGUUGGAGCCAGAAGGAGAGGGGCCACCGCCAUGCAUGUAUGCAACUGCAAGUGCACGCUCUGAUGGGCUUCUUUUACUUUGUGGGGGGAGGGAUGCCAAUAGUGUGCCGUUGGCAAGUGCAUACGGUCUUGCAAAGCAUAGGGAUGGCCGAUGGGAAUGGGCAAUUGCCCCUGUUUCACCAUCUCCGAGAUAUCAGCAUGCAGCUGUAUUUGUUAAUGCAAGGCUACAUGUAUCUGGAGGGGCUCUUGGUGGAGGGCGGAUGGUAGAAGAUUCGUCAAGUGUUGCAGUGUUGGAUACUGCAGCUGGCGUUUGGUGUGAUACAAAAUCUGUUGUUACCAGUCCAAGGACAGGACGAUACAGUGCGGAUGCAGCUGGUGGGGAUGCUUCAGUGGAGUUGACCCGGCGUUGUAGGCAUGCAGCCGCUGCUGUUGGUGACCUAAUUUUUAUUUAUGGUGGUUUACGUGGUGGAGUUUUGCUGGAUGACCUCCUUGUUGCUGAAGAUCUUGCUGCUGCUGAAACCACAACUGCUGCUUCACAUGCAGCCGCAGCUGCUGCAACUAAUUUACAACCAGGGUGCAUGCCUGGACGAUAUGGGUUUGAUGAUAGAUCAAGGCAAACAAUGCCUGAAGCGGCUGCUGAUGGGGCAGUUGUUCUGGGCAAUCCCGUUGCUCCCCCUAUAAAUGGUGACAUGUAUACUGAUAUUAGCACUGAAAAUGCCAUGUUACAGGGAUCAAGGCGAACUAGCAAAGGUGUUGAAUAUCUAGUUGAAGCAUCAGCUGCUGAAGCUGAAGCUAUCAGUGCCACAUUGGCUGCUGCUAAGGCACGGCAAGUGAAUGGUGAAGUUGAUUUGCCUGACAGAGAUGGUGGGGCUGAGGCUACUCCAAGUGGGAAGCCUAUAUCUUCUUUGAUUAAGCCUGAUUCUGCAGUAUCAAAUAGUAUUACUCCUGGUGGAGUUAGACUGCAUCAUAGAGCUGUGGUUGUUGCUGCUGAGACUGGGGGGGCGUUAGGUGGGAUGGUUAGACAGCUUUCCAUUGACCAGUUUGAAAAUGAAGGCAGGAGGGUCAGUUAUGGAACUCCAGAAAAUGCAACUGCAGCCAGAAAACUAUUAGAUAGGCAGAUGUCUAUUAAUAGUGUUCCCAAAAAGGUCAUAGCACACCUCUUAAAGCCUCGAGGCUGGAAACCACCAGUUCGCCGGCAAUUUUUCUUAGACUGCAAUGAAAUUGCAGAUCUUUGUGAUAAUGCAGAGCGGAUAUUUUCAAGUGAACCGAGUGUUUUACAACUUAGGGCACCCAUUAAAAUAUUUGGUGAUUUACAUGGUCAAUUUGGGGAUCUUAUGCGGCUUUUUGAUGAGUAUGGUGCACCAUCAACUGCUGGUGACAUAGCAUAUAUUGACUAUCUAUUCCUAGGAGAUUAUGUUGACCGAGGCCAACACAGCCUGGAAACUAUAACCCUUCUGCUUGCCCUGAAGGUUGAGUAUCCAAACAAUGUGCAUUUAAUACGUGGGAACCAUGAAGCAGCAGAUAUUAAUGCCCUUUUUGGUUUCCGGAUUGAGUGCAUUGAAAGGAUGGGUGAGAGAGAUGGAAUUUGGGCAUGGCAUCGUAUAAACCGGUUGUUUAAUUGGCUUCCUCUAGCUGCUCUGAUUGAGAAAAAAAUUAUUUGCAUGCACGGGGGUAUUGGCCGUUCGAUUAAUCAUGUGGAACAGAUUGAGAACAUUCAGCGUCCAAUUACAAUGGAAGCAGGGUCAAUUGUGCUCAUGGAUUUGUUGUGGUCUGAUCCUACAGAGAAUGACAGUGUGGAAGGUCUACGACCCAAUGCUAGAGGUCCAGGGUUGGUUACUUUUGGGCCUGACCGUGUCAUGGAAUUCUGCAACAACAAUGAUCUUCAGCUGAUUGUCCGUGCACACGAAUGUGUCAUGGAUGGUUUUGAGCGCUUUGCUCAGGGACAUCUUAUAACACUUUUCUCAGCCACAAACUACUGCGGUACUGCCAAUAAUGCCGGGGCAAUACUAGUUUUGGGUAGAGAUCUUGUUGUGGUUCCUAAACUGAUUCAUCCAUUGCCCCCUGCAAUUUCUUCCCCGGAAGCAUCACCAGAACGUCAUAUUGAAGAUACAUGGAUGCAGGAGUUGAAUGCUAACAGACCGCCAACACCAACUAGAGGCCGACCUCCAGUGGCAAAUGACCGAGGUUCUCUUGCUUGGAUAUAAUGAUCGAUAAGAUUGUCCCUAAUACUUAUGCAUUGCUGGCUUGUGCUAUCGCCUGGUUCUCUGGUGUUCUGUAUAUAUCAUGAUGCCACUAUGGGGGCUUGCGAACUUGUACUCUCAAUUCCUGCCGAAAGCUCAAACGCUUUCAUAAUUUUGGUUUUCACCUUUAAAUCCGCAGUCCCUGUGAGCAAGAUACAAGUUCCAGAUGCAGGUUGAUAGCUGCAGCUAGGCUUACUUUGACAAGCUAGAAGUUGGAGUCGGGGCUCACCCCCACCCCCUUGUAAAUUGAGCCAUAGGCAAAGUCAAGGUCACGGUUGUUUCUCAUGGUUUGGUAGUUCUGGCUAUUUUUGUCAUUUAUUUUUACAUAUUUUUUCCCUCGUCCUUAGGCUAUUGUUGUUAUUAAUUUUUUUUUUUUUAAUUUUUCCCUUCAAGAGGACAGGAGAGCUUUUUUAUGUCAUGGUGAGAUAUACAAAUCAAAAAUCAUGGGGGGUCCAUUAUUCAUGUAUCAUAAAGGUGCUGCUUUGUGUAAUUCUCGUCCUUGCUGUGUACGAUUAUUGUGUGAAUUAACAUAUUCUGACGGAGGAUGUGAAUUUUGAUCAAUAGAAUUUUAUAUUGUAUGCUUAA